AUGGCUUGUAGAAUUUGGGAGCUGCUUUACAGGGGAAAUCAUUUUAGAACCAACAAAUCUGCAGCUCUCUGUAUGAACUCAAUGCUUUAUCACUCUUCACAAGAUGUUUCCGACAUGCAAUGGUAUCGGAGUGAGUUUCCAAAGAUAAUGAAGUUGACCCAAUUGCUUGCAAAUGUGGAUACAAUUAAUGGACGACUUAUUGAUGUAAAUAGUAAUUCAACCAUUUUUGAUGAUCAGCUUGAGAAUGAAAUGCGUACAUUGAAGUCUCUUGUCCGAGAGUUUAUUGCGUCUCCAUUUGUUCAGCACAAAAUGAGACGUGUUUUGGCCUCCACCACAAAUACACAACAUGAUACAUUUACCCCUUUCAGUAAAACAACCGAAAGAGAGUCUAUGGUGAUCGAUUCUCUGACUAAGGUGAGCAAUUUUCUAAAUGUUUCUGCUCAACAGAGGAAGGUGGUUCGUUUCAAAGUAUGCCCACAGGUUACGCAGCAUCAUAUAUGGACUGGUGCACUUAAAGAGAGGCUGAAUAAUUUUGCAGUUGAUUUGGAUUCUUUGGGUUCUCAGGGAUUGAAUGAAGGUACUAUAUUGGCUCGGCAAAUUAUUCAUAGCUGCUUGAAAUUUCUGACAGAAACUGCCAGUUUUUCUGACGCCGACUCAUCUUCAUGGAUGAAGUUUUCACCUUCAAAAAUUGUUAAUUCUUCCGAUACCCAGAAAUGGGAAGAUCUUCUUGCAAUGUUCAAUGACCUGAUUAAAUGCUGUAAAAGUGAAACAAGAUUAAAGAUGCAUGUGGCUAAGGUUGAGGUCAUGAAGGAGGGGCUUUUACACAUCAAGGAUAUUACGAUUGAUAACAGUAUUGCAUACAAGGAUGCUCGAUAUCUACAAAUCCUAGUGCAGAAGAAGCUUUCUAAAACGUUAGGCCACUCAUCUGGUUGCUUAUUCACCCUGUUACAGUAUUACCUCUAUGGAAGAGUUACAGAUAUUGAAGUAGACUUGUGUGGUGGGAUUUAUAAAAAUGGAAAUGAUAGCAGGUUUUGCUUGUCUAUGGGAAGAAUUUUGACUUCGGAUAGUGAGAGAAUGGUUGGACGUGGUGUGAAGCAGUUGGAUCGAGCACUCGGGCUUUACAAGUUUGUAUGGGAAACAGCUGGAAUGAAAGGGAAUUUGGACUUGCAAGGCCAUUUGUGGUGUGUUGGAGCAGACGAUAGAAUGCUUAGAUAUAGAGGAAACAUGUAUUUCGUGCAUGGCAUUUGCCUUUGA